AUGGACAUCACCAACUUCGUCGUCCAGGGCCGAGACAAGGCCCUGCUGUACGGCGACUUCUCGACAUACCAUGGCCAGCUGUCCAAGCGCCUGCUCAACUCGCGCAAGAAGCUGGGCAUCGUGACCAGGAAUCGAGGCAAGUUCCGCAAGCCGGAGCAGGUCACCGCCGAAGAUGUCCAGGGAAACAUUGAACAUGUCCACCUCCUCCUCCUCACCAGCGAACGCGCCUGGGCUCAGGCAAUGAGCAUCAAGGCGGCCCAUGCGAACGACCAGAGGGGCGUUGUCGGCCGCGCCCGGUCUCACAUCGUCUCCCGACUCGAGAAAGCCGCUCGAAGCGCUGAGCAGGUCGUUACCGUCCUGUCGCAGACCGAUGUAUCUGGCGCCAGUGCCACCGAUCUCCUCGAGGCUCGGGCCUACGCAUCCCUCAUCCGAGGCGCCAUGCUGUUCGAAAAGCAAAGCUGGGAGCCUUGCCUGCGAAGCUACGCCGUGACGUAUGUCAUCUACACCGCACUUGCUACGGCGACCAAGAGCGAUAUCUUCAAGGACUUGCUGUCCGAGACCGUCGAGCCGUCGAUCCGGUUCGCUGCCUACCAGCUCAAGACGCCCCGAACGGUUUCCGUCGCCACUCUGGCAAAGAACGCCUUCCCGCGGUCAGACGAGGCUCUGGUCCAAGAAAUCAACCGACUCGAUGCAUCCAUUCUUGCCGAGGCAAGCACGGGGUCUGCAGAGGGCAUUGCAGUCGGCGACGCUGCCCCCCAGACCCUGACUUGGCGAGCGCACGAAGUCCAGAUCGAGGAUGCACAGAUAGCCACCUCUUGGGCUGUUGUUGGUGAGGCUAAAGAGCGGCUCUCGCAGACUAUUGCCAAGUCCCAGGACAAGAGGCCGCAUGAGGUGGCUGCCGCCUAUGAUGAGAUUCUGUUAACCACCCAAGAUGCUGUUGAUGCUACCAAGAAGGCCAUCGACGAACUUAAAGGGGACGGCGUUCCCCAAAGCGAUCCCAGGAUGCAGCGGCUGCAAAUUACACGCACUGCAGUCAAUUACGAGAUGAUUAGCUGGAGAAUUGGUCGAAACCGAGUUCUUACAGGUCCCCAUGAUGGUGCCACAGAAGAGUACGGCUCAUUAAGAAGGGGUAAGAAGAAGGACGCGGACUCGGCCGAAGCAAGGAAGGAAAGGGAACUGCCCUCUGGAAAGAAACUCGUUAAGCUUAAGGAGAAGACUGCGCUGUACGAUGGUAUCCUUCAGAACUUGGAGUCGAUCAAGGAGCUUCCCGGAGUUGCCGCCGACGAGGAACUCGCCGCCAGGAUUGAAGCUUAUGAGAGUUACUUUAUUGCGCUCAAGCAUCUUGCCAUCGCUCGGUCACACGCCAUCAUCGGCAACGCUGCCAAUGCCUUGGCCCUCAUCAACCGAGCUCUGGAGCUCAGCCAAAAAGCUGUAGAAAAGCUGCCAAGCUCGCAGUCUAUUUCCGAUGAGCUCCCCCUGAGCCUCGACAUUUCCCCGGAGUCCAUCAAGUUCGUCGAGCGAGUGAUUGAUGGCGAGCUGCAGCGCCAUCGCGCCAUUGUCCACGUCGACAACCUGCGCAAGAAGCAAUCCGAGGCCGUCGAAUACGCAAGCGACCUCCCCCUCGUCGAGAAGCUGCAAGAGUAUCCCGUCGGCGGGGCUGACCUCAACCACAUUGUGGAGUUCCCUCCGAAGGAGGCAGUAAUUCCGGUCAAGCCCAUCUUCCUCGACGUUGCCUGGAACUACAUCCACUACCCCGGCAAGCAAGUCCAGGCCCAGGCGGGCAGCAACCAGGCCGACGAGGGCGCCCAUGAAGCCGAGCAACCUGCUCAAAAGGCUAAGAGAAGCUGGUUUGGCUUUGGAAGGUAA